GCCUCUCUCUCUCUCUCUCUUCCGUCGUCCCUCUACUCCUUCGUCUGUCUCUCUCGCUGCUUCUCCACCCCCUCUCCUCUCAUCACCAACAUCUACUCCUCCCGUCUGUCUCACUCGCUGUCGCCCCCCAACCACCCCUCCACCUCCCCUCACCACAUCUCCUCUCAUCUCUCCAUCCUUGCACGCGUCCCCCCCUCUCUCUCUCUGUUUUCUCUCUCGUUCCGUCGUCGUUUAUUUUCGCUGCAAAGCGACGUCGUUCCACCGGCCGAGGUCUCCACUCUCUCUCGUCUCUCUCUGCGUCGGCAUCUCCGCUAAACGCUACGCUCUGGUCCGGUUUCUCUCGUCGUGGUGAUCGUUUUGAUUGAUUUGCGACCGCGGCGUCUUAAUUGCGCCGCGCUGCGCCCGUGGACAUCGGGAGGCGACGAGGAGCGAGAGGAUCGAGCGAGGAAGGAGGAUUCAUGUUCGCAGCGGAGUGAGUGUCAAGGGCUCACCGCUGCCUUGUGAGCUAUUUUUGAGUUCAUGCUGAUAAGAAAGGACAAAUUAACAAGUGAUGGAAGUGCUCGGAGUGAACGUCGCCUCCGUGUAUCUCGCAGUCUGCGUCAUCUGGAUCACGAGCCAAGAUGGCUCAUUAGCCGCGACGGCGUCGCGAGCCAAUAACAUCACAAUCAUCACUCGCAUGCUGGACGGUCUGCUGGACGGAUACGACUACAGGCUCCGGCCAGGUCUUGGAGAUUCAAUAACGGAAGUCAAGACUGACAUUUAUGUCACAAGUUUCGGGCCCGUUUCUGAUACGGAAAUGGAGUACACCAUCGACAUGUUUUUCCGACAAAACUGGAAGGAUGAGCGGCUGAAGUUCCAGGGGCCCAUGGGAGUGCUGCCCCUCAACAACAUGAUGGCCAGCAAAAUUUGGACACCUGACACCUUCUUCUAUAACGGGAAGAAGUCUGUGGCCCACAACAUGACCACGCCGAACAAGCUGCUCAGGAUCAUGGAGGAUGGCACCCUCUUGUACACCAUGAGGUUGACCAUAAAGGCUGAGUGCCCCAUGAUGCUGGAAGACUUCCCAAUGGACUCGCAUGCCUGUCCCCUCAAGUUCGGAAGCUAUGCCUACACCAACCAGGAGGUGACCUACACGUGGAACAAGGGGGAAGACCUCUCUGUGGUGGUGGCCGAGGAUGGCUCGCGCACCAAUCAGUACGAGCUGCUCAGGCAAACGGUGAAAAGCAUCACCGUCAAAUCCAGCACAGGAGAAUAUGCGGUGAUGACCAUAUACUUCCACCUGAAGAGGAAGAUCGGCUACUUUGUCAUCCAGACGUAUCUGCCCUGCAUCAUGACGGUCAUCUUGUCCCAGGUGUCCUUUUGGCUCAACAGAGAGUCAGUCCCUGCACGGACAGUGUUUGGUGUGACGACCGUGCUCACCAUGACGACACUGAGCAUCAGCGCACGCAACUCGCUGCCCAAGGUGGCGUACGCGACGGCCAUGGACUGGUUCAUCGCCGUGUGCAACGCCUUCGUCUUCUCGGCACUCAUCGAGUUCGCCACCGUCAACUACUUCACCAAGCGCAGCUGGGCCUGGGACAGCAAGGUCACCGUCGAGCCCAAAGAGGACAAGAAAAAAGAGCAAUCUAGCCUGGCGCAGAAAACCAACAACACAUACACCGUGAGCCCGUCCAGCUUCCCGCAAGGAGUCGCCCGGGACAGCGGCGUUCCCACGGUGACCCGCAGCGCGACCGCGGGCCCUCGAUCCGCCACGGCUGCCUCUGGCCCCACUGAGCCGAAGCCUGCCGAGCCGAAACCCGCGGAGCCCAAGAAGACGUACAACAGCGUGAGCAAGGUGGACAAGCUGUCCCGCAUCCUCUUCCCCUUGCUGUUCGCCUCCUUCAACCUGGUCUAUUGGGCCACCUACCUCAACAAGGUGCCCAAGAUGAAAGGGGUGAUCUUUCAAAACUGAGGGCAGGCUUGCCUGCCGUAGACCUGCGUUCCUAAAAGGCACGGCUCGACCGCGUAGCAGGCGGCGAGGUGAGUGGUGAGGCGGUGCGUCGGCACUCACCUCCUCCGCAUUCGCUACAGCCGGGAGCCAGUGGGGGGGGGGGGAGUCCCCCUCUUAACUUUGAAAUUAAACUGACAGGUUUUUUGUUUGUUGUUAAGGCACUCGUGUUGUUUUGUAAGGAAGUUCGGCUGGCUUCACAUUUGCUCAUCUCACCAUGGGGCUGUAAUCUCGUAGGAAAUACAUGUGCUUUUUUUUUUUACACGCAGCGUUGUUCCAUUUGUUCCAGUGGAACAAGUUGACGAUUGCCAGUUGUAUGCCCUGGAACAUCUUUACAAUUGGACGGACUGAGGUUUUAUGGACUUGACAACAAUGUCAAGGACACCACCUCUGAGGCAAAACCUACGAGAAUAGGUGAAGAUUACGUGGAAUCUCAUUUCAGAAAUAAUAUUUAUCAAGGUGAUUACUAUGAUUUUACAUAUUUGGUAUAUAUUUUCUUUAAUGUCUUCGUGGUAUAACCCUCUGUAGACUCGAAUGAGCUACGGUUCCUUUCUCACGUCUCCUGCUGCGUGCGAGGCAACAUAUCUCUUUGGGCUUGGGGCAUCCUUGCAAGCAGGGUUUCUGUGGGACAUUCUUCAACUUAAUAAAAUUGUUUAAUUACACUGCUGGACGAGAAAAUAUGUAGGCAACUAAGUUCAUGCAAAUAUCAACGUGUAACAUAAAAUGUCGCACAACUCUUUCCGGGAAAAAACAAUCGAUUGCAUUCAACAAAGUGGCACCGUUUAACUUCAGCUUUUGACGGGGACCAGAAUCGCCCGACAUUCGGUUGACUCCUGCAGCCACUUGUGUCAGAUUUUUUUUUUAAAUAGCUGCGUUUUCCAGACUUUAUUACAUAAAUCCGGCUCUGUACAUCAUCAAAUUACAUUGCUCACAGCCGCAGGAGCCUUUGCAAGUUCGACGAGGGGAUUUUUGUUGUUGUUUGAUGACAUGCAACGACUGAUCUAGCCCCAAGCUUUAAGCCAACUUUUGCUCUCACGUUGAACUCUCCCGGUUCGGUAAUAAAUUGGCUUUCAAGUGGAUUCCCUUGUAGCACCACUGGAGAUGUAGUCUGUUGACUCUCGUGUGCGCUGAGUUUGCUUGGGGAUGGAAUACUCAUGGACGGCACCGUUUAGGUCCGCAUAGACCAUCGGCGGACACGUUAACCCUUGCUAUACAUAUACAGAACUCGCGAAUAGUAUUUAAAAAUACUGUGGUCACACUGCAUCUCUUCACUUUUAUGCUGUCCCACGAUGAACUUGAGUUCUGAUACGAAGGGGUUAGGGUGAGGGAUACUCGAUCGAGACAACUGGGAUGAGUUACAAAUACCGCUCCUCGCCAUUUGUGUACCACUCACAAGCGACAAAGGUAACGAUCCAAAAGCAUGAACCAAACGCUUUUCUUUUACACAUUAUAAAAGCACUUACUGCAGCUAAAAACUACUGUAUUUAAUGUAGAAUAGUCAUUAUAUCUAUAUAUCGGCAUUUGUUGUAUGUAUUUGUGUAUAACGAAUUAAAAUUUUGAGAAUGAGAUAAUAAAAUUCGUUUAUGUACAAACUCAAACUUACAGAACUUUAUUUUUAAUAGUCACCCAUAGUAAUAUCAUCAGAAAUAAGUGGCUAGUGUGUAAUAAUGACAUGGUGAUGGAUAUGUUUUUUUACUAUCUUGUUCUCAAAAUGUUUUUACUGCCCGUCAUACUCUAUAUGCAGUAUACACAUACAAAACAGGUACAUGUUGACAUACAUACUCACAUACACACAAGCAUGCAGGUGUACAACGUGCACACCUGCAUAUAUGUAAUUUGUCUAACUGGAACAUUGUUAUAUACGAGGUUGAAUUAAAGUACUGUCAUGCUUUGCCAAUAUUGGGCUUAUUUAAAAUGUUUCUGCAAUAAACUGGCUCCGAUGUGUGAGCAGCUGCUCAGUGGGGUGUAGAGGUUCAUGAAUAUGGGCUAAUUUUCGGUAGGAAAGUGACCAAAUAAAUCUAUGGAAAGGCUUUUUUUAAGUACGCUUGGUACGACUCCAAAAUUGACGUUAAACGACCUUAGCACAUUCAAAUGCUUCCAUGUUCCUAUAUAAUUUUUCGUUAGGAUUAAUGUUUAAUUGAUUUCAGUUCUUCAUUGGAAUGCAUUCAUUUUCAUGGGGCUACCCUGUAGGAUGUUCUUCUUGGCAGAACAACAUUAACUGUUGUUGGAUCAACAUUGUUACCGACCACGAUUAUAACCACAUGCCAGCGUUGACCCAACAUUGCUGACAUUAACUGGGUAUUCUCCACUCUGAUAGCAGUUAUAUUUUCUUCAUGAAGAUUUGGUUAUUUCACUAUGCAUCAAAUGGGUAGUUAUUCCGACCAUGUCUCAGUCUGGUGGAGAAUUGGCCAGUGGCUCUGAUAGUGGCAGAGCUGGCGUGCGACCAGGUAGUGGCGAGGCCAUGCUCCGAUCCCCCGGAAUGCCGGAUUGCCUGGAAAGACAAGCUCGCCAAAUCCAGAAUGGUUUGGGGGUCAAUGUAUCCCUUACUCAUCAUCAUCCAUCCUCAGUUAAUAGAAAUGAGGAGCAACAUGACGUAAUCAUCUUGUGGGAAAGGAGGUUGCAGAGGGAGGGGACACGAGCAGGGCAAAGGAGAACAUCGGUUUAAGAAGUCGGGGCAGGUGACGCUAUUAUUCUGACUUCCUGGUUCCAUUCUGAGGUUGUGAUACAGUUUCAAAUGAAACGUCGUAUCUGUUUCAAAUGUUUUUUUGUGAGUAUUGUUCUUCAGCUCACCAGUGUGAGCUGAAACAAUGAUAUUUGGCGCGUUGAAUGUUCGUACAGUGCACGACAGUUUCAUUUGUGUGGCUGUGUCAGGUCGGUGAAGGGUCCUGCGAAGUAAAUCUGUUUGGAUCGUUUACGCAGUGGCCUAAACCUAUGGCAAUUAUGAAUUACGCCCCAUGUGUUAAUGGAACGUCUGAGCGAGGCAGGCGUUUGUGUCGAGUACCAACACACGUGACGAUGAUUAUAACGAUGGUCCGGCGCUGCCUCUGCAACAGCUGCAGGGUCAGGCAGAAGAGACUGAUGGUGACGCGCACCAUGACUUUAGGAGCCAUUGUCGGUGACAGUUUCUUCCUUAAAACUUAAACUUUAGUGUGUGUGUAUAUGAAUGGAGCACAAUUGGGGAGCGGUGGUGUUGCAGUUAGCGCGUUGCGCUAUGAACCCAACAGAGUUCAACUCCCGCUUGCGGCCAACACCAGUGACGAUUAUUUGAACUGGUCAUUGGGCAUCCCCUAGGUCGACUCAUUCUCAAAUGAGUACCUAGUGCGGUGUGUAAACAUCGCCACUGGGAAGACAAAAGCGGUCGGGCAUGGUGCUGGCCACCCACCCCCUCAUAUACCGUCCCGGCCUUCAUAGGAGCUCGCUAACAGCACUUGCACCAGUCUGUUAAGGCUAUACGGGGGAUUUAAAAAUUGGUUUGGAGCAUAAGUGAUCCUUAUUUGGGCUCUUCAAACCCCCCUCCUCCCCCCUUCCCCAAACCGCAUUGGCCAGCAUUGCGAGAGUACGGUCGAAUAACCCCCGGCGCGUGUGUGGCUCGAGGACGCCUCCGUUCAGCAGUGUAUCGGCACAGCCGCACGUGAUAUACGCGGCGACAAUGAAAAACCUCCAUCCACAAAUUAUUAUUGCCUCACGUUUCUGCAAUCGUCGGCCACAACCACGUGAAGGGCCGCCGAUGUGUGGGGCCCGCCUGCAGGGUGUGGAGCAUAGAGCACGGAUUGCCCUCCGGUGGUCCAUCGCUUCGCCGACCGAUUCCGCACUCUGCCACCUGGCUCGGCACAUUCGUGGAACCAUUCACACUUUUUGAAGAGCACACACACACACACCUGCCCAUGGUGGUCACGUGCAUAUUUAUCUGGGUCGUCCGGUUUUUGCCCUCCACAUUGAGAAACAUGUGUUUAGAUUAUUUGGCUGCUGCUAUAAAUGCCCACAUAUCAUAAGCCAGGUCGAUGAGCUAUCAUGUAUGACCAAAUCGCCUCUGAAAAAAUAUAUACCAACUCAAUGGGCUUCACCUAGUAAUAUAAUAGUAGUGACUUGCUUGGGAGUAAUGAGUGGCCCUGUCACCGGUGCAAUGUGAAAUACCCUCCACUGUCUCACGACCUGAAUAGUCCAGGAAUUGGCAUCCGUGUUUGGGCUGCAGGAACCGAUUUGUACCGCGAUCUGGAACCGGUCUUUGUGUGUUAAACGUCACUGCAGUAAAUUGCAGUUUGGCUAGACCGAGGCUGGCUGAGAAAUGUCUUUGUUUAAGAUGGUAACGACCCCUAGCACCACCCCCUUAGUUCACUGGGACCAUGGGAACACAUGCAAAUAUUAUGAAUUGACAAUACAAUUUGCUAAUGAAACACAUAUAAUACAUCUCGUUAACAUAGUAAAGUGUUUACACGUUUGCUGUCAUGCUCACUAAUUGGAUUCUGGCAGACAUCCGUUUUAAUUGUAAAUUCUCACAACGCUUUCAUGCGGCAAUGGUUUCACAGUGUGCCAUGCUGAUCGAGGUAGCGCGUGUGCACACACACACAGAUCUCAACUUGAAAAGGGCACUGCACACUUACAUCUUGCGAGGGUGGAGAGUUUAGAAAGAGUACCAUUGCCACUCAGACCACUGGCAUGAGUUCGACUUUGUACUUCAUCAUUGCCCCAUACAGUGAGGGAAAAAAGUAUUGAU